CUUUUUUUUUUUUCACGUGGAUCGUCUUUCUCGUUUCAAGUUCAUAAUUUAUUUUUUAUUUUAUUUUAUUUCUUUCUUUCUUUCUUUCUUUCUUUUUUUGUACUUUUCUAAUUCCAACAUCAUACCAUGAGUCAAUCAUUACCAGCACGGCAAGGACGUGACAAUGGAUUCCAAGUAGUCCCUUCCUAUGACGAAAACGAUGCGUUUCUUGAUGACCACAGCUCUAUUGAUAGUCAAGCUUCUCAUUCCCCGGAUGUACAAGAACAUUCUUCAAUACAUCGGCAUAAUGAUGAUGAUAAUCCGGCCAAUACAGAAUCAUCCAGCGACGACGAACUACCUCCUUUCGAAUGGCAUCCAGCUGCUCUUGCAUUAGGUCGAGUAGCCAAGAAACUAGCGACACCUAUUCUUCGUGUGAUUUUUGCUCCAAAAGCACAACGUACUAUGAUCAAGUCAGCUAUCUUUAUGGUUGUAUUUGUAUGGAUUCUUUUGACAAGUAUCACUGCCUACCUCACUUUUUAUCAACAAUAUGUUCCUCGCACCUUACAUAGCGAACCCAUCUUUUUCCAAUAUGGUCAUGUCGAUCAACGUCUUUCUGUAGAACCCAAAGCGAUUAUUGAUCUGACGGAUGGAUAUCAAAAUGCGCCCCUUCGUCAUGAACAAGCAUACGACGUUUUUGUACAACUUCACGUGCCAACUUCUGAUAUCAAUUUUGAUUUGGGAAACUUUAUGGUGCAUGCUGAACUUUUGACUCAAGAUGGAACAAUGGUAUCUGAAUCAAGUCGUCCGGCCAUUCUUCGAUACCAAUCACAUACACAACGCAUUUUACAUGUACUUGCGAAGGCUGUGCCUUUACUUAUUGGAUUUACAGAAGAAAGUCAAAUCAUUACCGUCCCAUUGAUCGAAGGCUAUGUAGAACAAAAGUCAAAACCUGUGGUUCAAGCUGCUGUUACAAUCUCUAGUCCCACUCUUCAAAUUUAUGAUGCUCAGUUGAGUGUUCGUGCAGAUUUCAGAGGAUUACGGUAUUAUAUGUAUCACCGUCGUAUUCCUACUGCUAUUACAUUCAUUAUCCUAUUCAUGUUGAUCGAAUUGCUCUGUGCAACGGUGGCAUGGAAAUCAUUUGGACAAAAUUUAUGGUUGAAGAUUCAUGAUCUGUUUGAAGAAGCAGCUUUGGAACAACAAUCUCAUCAACAACAAUUAGCGGAAAGAGUACAACAACGACAACAACAACAACAACAACAACAACCAUCAUCACCAUCGGACACACAUCCACAUGAAUCAAGUACUCCUAUUUCUUCUAGUGAUGAAAAAGCAACAGGAAGUUUGAAUCAAACUUAAGCGAUUUUUUUUUUUUUUUGAUAUUUAUUGAAUAAACCAUGAUUUGAUUCCUUUGUACUUGGACAUAAAAUAUUUGGAUAUA